AAGACGCCAAACGGGAAAGGAGCGUUAUCAACAACAAGAAUCUGUCAUAAAUAUCAUCAACACGAUGGCUCGAAACAGUAGUCGUUAAUGAAUCACAAACUUAAGGAGCAAGAAAUCGAGCAGGACAGUUAUUCUUGAACGUUUGAAGUGGAAACAACUCGUUGCUGCAAAUCUCCACUCGGUGAUUAAAACCAGAACAUUUCAUAUCUCCAGAUCUCUAUUCAGUGAAAAUACAUCUAGUGAGGGACAAUUGCGUUUAUGAUCCACCCACGGACCUCCAUCCUAUCUUCAGCACAUUCGAUCUUGUUGAGAGCGGAUAACCAUCACAUCAAGAAUACAGAUAUGCCGCUGCAGACGAGCAACCUUUCGCACCCCUCGUCAGUAAGUGCCAAAGUGAUCAUGGCUUCUGCCGCACCAGCGAUGUUGAAAAGAUGGGCCAAAAGUCUAGGUCUUAAUGAGGACGAUGUGAAACUACUUCACGAGAGCUCGAAAUUGACCAACCCUGUGGGAUUUUUGAUGUUUCUCUCCAAAGUCAGCAAGAACAAGGACGCUUUCAAAUUGACUGUGGAGCAAUUACAAGGCAUCAAAGAAGAAAUAAUGACACAAAAAGUGGACAUUCCGGACAAUCAGACCCUUUGUCCUACCAAGAAAUCAGAGCGCUUGUCAUGCUCGCUAUCAUUGGCUUGCAAUUCGAAUGAUGAAUCCUCCAAUCUUCCACGACAAUUUGACACUAAUAAAAAAAUCAAGAAACAAGUGAAGAAGCCCAUAAAGUCACACCAGAACAAAAUGAUCUCUUCCUUCAAAAGCGACAUAAAUAACCUUUGGGACCGUCGGUUUCCGCAAGAUCGAAGUAACAUUGCCCGAAGUAUUUUCAUUCCCAAUGAGUUUUUGGAGAAGGAUUCCGAUGUUCCAAAUGACUGCAAAAAAUACUUACGAAUAGUUCAGCAAGUAAUUUCAUCCUCUCAGCGAGUCUCUCAAGACAUCAGCAUGCCAGAAAUUGAAUCCAUAUCCAUGAAAACACUGCAAUGGGCGCAUCGUUUGAUUAAUGUUUGGGAAUUGGACGAUCCGGAGACGAUGGUCACUCAAAAAUUGUGGAAAGACAUGGUCUGGCAGGACAUUCUGGCUGCCCCUUUGUUUCAACAAGGGUCCGACUCCAAUUCCAUGUGGCUAAAGUUUCGGCAGCAUUUAGAAGGAUCGUCGUCGACUCCUAGCAUUCAAUCGUUUCUGAGCAAGUUCGAUCCACUGGAGACCAACAACAUUCAGAUGACGAAAGCCCAAAAGGCCGAAAUAAACACGAGAACGAUAUCGCAAAAGAAGACCUUGAAAAAGUUUCUUAAUUCCCCUCAAAAUUGCUUGGCCACAUUUUUCACAAGCAAAGUGUUGGGACUCACAGGACCUCAGAGUGCGGUCAUGGUAAAGAAAAGCUCGCUGCUAGUAGGAAACCUCUUUGAGAAGGAUGUGUUUCAAACUCUCAAGGCCGUUGCACCCAUGGGGUCUGCUUGGAUCACGGUCUUCAGCGGCCUAGAAGUGUUGGGAAGGAAGCAACACCAACAAGAAUUCGAUUUUCUCAUAUUUUGUGGUAAAGGGAAGAAGAUAAUUUAUGUGGAGUGCAAAUACACUUCGUCGCUACAAAACGUCAAGAAAAUCAAGAAGCAGUCCGAUAACGCUUUCAAAUACCUCCAAAAGCAUUUGCCCUUGACAGAAAACUGGGAAUUCAUAACCUUGGCCUGUUUUGGGGAUAACAUGAACUUCUCUCCGUGCUUAAGUUGCCUCCCUUUUGUUGUGCAGACAUCUAAUCUGGGAACAAUUUUGGACAAUAUUCUUAGCGGAAGUAGUCAUAUUGAGAAAAAGAUCUCGAAAAAGGAUUACACACACACCUGAUCGAGACCGUCAUAUCCCACGCUCAAGUUAAUAAGCAAGUUUGUACAGGCGACAAAGCGGCCAAGAAUCAACUGAAGAAUGGUGCGUUUUCUGAUCAAUCAAGAAAAUUGUGGAAUAUGGAUCACUUGAGCAUUCUUCAGCAAGAUCCUCUCAGGAUGAACGUAAAGAGCGGUGAUUGUUUAAGGACGGGGCCGAACAAGAUUCUACAUACAAACGUGAACAAACAAGCCUCAUAUGAAAAGAACUGCGGAGCACUCUUGCUUCCCACACGUAAAGCAUUGGCCAGAAACCAGUGUGCCGGGAUCCACACUUACGUUCCAAGGCUCUUUUUGACAGGACUCCGAACAAUAACGCAUAAAGGGGGCCUUGGAGCUUUCAUAGCGACAGGGCAAAGAAAGCCUUGGUCAAAUCUCGGCGUGAGCAUCAUAAACCAAUUGAUGUCGAAAGCAAGUCGCCAAGUUCUAGGAGGAGGAAAACUGCUUCCUCAUCGCUCCCAGGGAACAUCACCUCCGAAGCAACGUUAGGCAAUUUCAACUCAAAUCCAAACGUCGAUAGAAUUGAGCUUAAAAUUCAACAUUAUUCGAAUGCUGCAUCGUAUUUAUCUCUGAAAUGAAUAAAUAAAGAUAUUUGAAUAUUGCGACAA